CUAGCUAGGAGAACUCUCCUCAGGGAAAAGAGCCCUUUCACCUCCUUACAUUCAUCCCUCCCGUCCCAGUCUCUCUCUCUCUCUCUCUCUCUCUCUCUCUUCAUCAAUGGCUAUUCUAAUCCUUCUAGUGCUUAUCUUGGCCAUGGCUGGUGGCUCAGGUGCAACAUGGUGUGUUUGUAGGUCUGAUGUGAGUGAUGCGGCCCUUCAAAAGACAUUGGACUAUGCUUGUGGAGCUGGAGCUGAUUGCAAUCCAAUCCAUCAGAAUGGAGCAUGCUAUAAUCCCAAUACUGUGAGAGGUCAUUGUUCUUAUGCUGUCAAUAGCUACUUCCAAAAGAAAGGACAGAGCCAAGGGACAUGUGACUUUGCUGGCACUGCCACUGCUGUUACAGCUGACCCAAGCUCUACUGGUUGUGUCUAUCCUUCAACCCAGAGUGCUGCAGGGACCACACCAACCACAAGCACAACCACCCCAACCACAACAUCACCCCUUACUCCCACCACUACAACAACCAACACCCCAACUACUGGAGUAAUGGGAGGGAUCAACCCAGGACUGGGCCCCUCAGGAGGAAUAAACAAUGAUUUCAACGGUGGAUUUCUUCCAAAGGCAGGUUUGGGUCCCAUCUUCCUAGCCAUCUUGUUUUCAAUCUUAGUCAUGUUUAGGGGUUAAGAUAGAAAAGACCCAAAAAAGGUGUUGGUGGGCCAAUGCCUUGGAGAAGUGGAGCUUGAUUGAUGGAUGAGAUCUUACUACUGCAAGUGGGUGGUGGGGCAUCUCUAUAAAUAUUUCCCACUAUAGUUGUUUUUUUCUUUUUUAACCUCUCUUUGGAUUUUUGUAUAUGUAGGAUAGUUAUUUUAUUAAUUGAAUGAGAGAAUCUGGACCUUUCUCUUUGUAGGGUAUGAGAGUAA